AUGGGCUGCUGCAAGAAGGGAUGCUGCUCACCCAAAGUGAAGGCCAUUGUCGGGCUGUGCAGCGCUCCACUCAACUUCGCAAUUCUGAUUUGGGCGAUCACGGAGAAAGUGCGAUGGACGCCCUUCUACGUGCCUCUCCAGUGCGACACGCCGCUGCCUGAUGGCAUCAGGCUAUCGGGCGUGAGCAUGCCUUCCCCACUCGCAGAGGGUAUGGGCUUGCAUCCUGGGUCUCCCCCUUACGGGCUCUAUGCAAACACGACGGUCACCACUGCUUGCACCAACCCGGGCCAGGCAAAGAUGACCGUCUUGGCUGCUGGUUUCGAGGAAGUCGCGUUGGCUCCCAACGUCACGGACCUGGCGAACGGUGGCGUCGGCGCGCCGUACACGCGGAGUGAAACGGCGCACUUAGCUGGCGACGCGGUCUACCCCAUCGGGGGCCGUGGCGAGAUGGUGAUGCAGUUGGAGACAGCCAUGGCAGUGGAGGACGUUCUAGCAGGCACGGCGGCGCGAGGCUACUCCAUCACCUAUAGCCGCAUGACCCAGACGGUGCAGACAUGCGCUUCGGUCAUGGGCAUGGAGUCCUGCGCAGACCAGGUGUCCGAGCAGUUCUGUGGGUCCUACAGAGGCAACUGCUUGGUGCCGACGCUCGACUCCUCUGGGGCUCCGGUGGUGCCGGAGCAGCUGGAGCCCGCCAUCUGCCCCCUCACCGGGAAGCUCUGCGGCAACGAGGCCGAGGUCCACGCUCAGCUAGAUGCGGCUACCAUGGGGAUCCAGGUGGUGAGCCAAACGGCGUGUGCUGCUUCGCUUGGCCUUCCGAAUGGCACCCUGUGCAACAUCAUCGAGGCGCCCGGACUGGACUCGGCCACACAGCGGCCCCGUGCUAUCGAGACUGCCGUGUCCCUGACCACGGAGGCUGAAGCCCGGAUGAGCGAGGCGCUUGCCGCAGCCGAGUCGGCCGUGACCUCGAUGAUUUGGAUCACGAUCAUUUGCAACUCCUUCUUCUUCCUGCUCAACCUGAUGUCCGGCCUCUUCAACCUUCGGCAGCACCUGAGGGCGAAGGCUCAGGCGAAGCCCCCGACGCAAGGAGCUCUGCCAACCUUGGCCGGAAAUGAUUUCGACAGCAAGCCAUAG